ACAGGUGUCUACAUCCCACCUGAAGAUCCAAAUUUUUCUGUUCAAUUGAAAAUUAGUAAUGACAAAGAUUAUAUUGUGGCACUGUGGUCUUCUGGGUUUGCAAUUUCUGUUUCGCCUUUACUCGACAUGCUAGAGAUCGUAGUUUCAAUUCCAGAGGAAUUUAUGAACAAAACCAAAGGAUUAUUAGGAGUUUGGAAUGGUAACAUCGAUGAUGAUUUUACUUAUGAAAAUGGAAGUAUUUUGGCGGCAAACAGCAGUGAACAUGCUAUAUUUCUUUAUGGAGAAACAUGGAGAACUACGCAAAACUCGUCCCUGUUUUAUUACAUGCAAGGGGAAAGCUGGAACACAUUUAAUAAUUUAGGGUUCACACCGAUAUUCUUAGACGAAGUGUUGGCAUCUGUGUCGACAGUGAGUCAAGCUAAUUUUACAAAUAUAUGUGGGACGGACGUAAGUUGCCUAUACGACGGACUUGUCACUGGAAACGAGGACAUUGCCAAAAAUACGAAGACAACAAACGAUGUAAACAAGGAUACCGCUGAAAAACUUGAGAACUUUCCACCAUACAUAAUUGACGGACCACAGGAAAUAAAGGUGCAGGUUAACCAAUCAGUGAAACUUAAUAUCACUGCUAGGGAUCCGGAAGGAGGAAAUGUAACGUAUUCGUUGCUAACGAAUACAAAUGAUGCAAGUAUCCAAUCGGAUUCUGGUUUGUUUACGUGGACACCACUAAACACUUCAAAGGCGCAAAUUACAAUUAUCGCCAGUGAUGAACGCUCUGCAACGGUUGCUCUUCAGCCGAACGUUUUCGUAUGUGAAUGCAAAAACGGUGGAAUUUGUAAUUAUGAUCAACAGAGGCCUGAAUCUAAUGUCGCUGCUGAUAAAUUUGCUCUUGUCGAGUGUGACUGCCCGUCUGGCUACAUUGGUUCUGAUUGCGGAAACGUAUACGACGCAUGCUCCGAAAACUAUUGCUAUCCGGGCGUUACGUGUCUAGACAACUCUCCACCUGCCGAAGAUGCAACGUGUUCAGAAUGUCCCAUGGGAUUCGAUGGCAAUGGGGCAAAAUGUUGGGAUGUUGAUGAAUGUCAGCUUUUAACCCAUGACUGUAAGCAGGAUUGUCAGAAUACGGCACCAGGUUACGAAUGUGAAUGUUAUGUUGGCUACAGACUUCAGCAACUUGAAGAAUCAAGUGACUGCGUGGAUAUUAAUGAAUGUGUCAGCGCAGAAAUGAACAACUGUAGUAGCAAUGCUGAAUGUAACAAUACAGCCGGGUCUUACACUUGUACGUGCAACGAUGGUUACGUGGGUGAUGGUUUGAUCUGUGAAGAUGUAAACGAAUGUUUCAUUAACAAUGGUUGUCAUGAGCAAGCCACAUGCUUCAAUGUCAUUGGGUCGUAUAUGUGUGAAUGUCGAACUGGUUUCAUAGGAGAUGGAUACAACUGCAUAGAUAUUGACGAGUGUUCUAUGACUCCUGAUGUAUGUGACGUAAAUGCGGUUUGUACAAACACCGAAGGGUCGUACAUUUGUGAAUGCAACACAGGGUUUACCAGUAAUGGAACGCAGUGUGACGACAUCAACGAAUGUCAGAUAUCCAAUGACUGCAACCGCUAUGCCAGUUGUAUUAAUUUACCGGGAGGAUAUAUAUGUAAUUGCACCGAAGGAUUUGAGGGAGAUGGGAAGAUUUGUAACAAACUAAAUGUAUGCCUCACCAAGGAGUGUCCGGGUAAUUCUACGUGUAUUGAAGUUCUUAGUGAUUGUAGGUGUAACACUGGUUUUUACCUUGAUGACAACAAGUGUAAUGAUUAUGAUGAGUGUGCUGACAAUGCGAUGCUUUGUGGAUCAGGUGCCACAUGUGUAAAUUUACCAGGGACGUACGAAUGUGUUUGUAACCCAGGCUACAUACAGAACCAGGAGAGCUGCCAAGACAUCGACGAAUGUCUGCUUGGCAUCAGUGAAUGUACUCAAGUAUGUAGUAAUUCUGUUCCACUCUAUACUUGCUCUUGUCAAGAAGGUUUUCAACUUGAAUCAGAUGGCGUGACGUGUACCGCAAUAUCACCGUGCGACGUUAACUGUGAAAACGGAACUUGUUACAAAGGAAAUGAAGUAGAGGAAUGUUUGUGUAAUUUGGGUUUUGAAUUAACAGACAAUUCAACCUGUAAAGAUAUGGAUGAAUGUGCUGGAAACAACACCUGUGAAAUGUUUUGUUCAAAUUUGAUUGGUGGAUAUGAAUGCAGUUGUUCAGAAGGAUAUGAGCUUGACUCUGACUUCAGAACAUGCAGAGAUAUUGAUGAAUGCUUGGCUAUAAAUAAUUGUUCAAGCAAUGCCAUUUGUGGAAACACAGAAGGAGGAUACAACUGCACGUGUUCAAGUGGAUACAUUGGUACUGGGUAUGAAUGUUAUGAUAUUAAUGAAUGUGAGGUCAGUUACUCGUGUCCAAACAAUAGUAACUGUCACAACACGAACGGCUCUUUUACAUGUGAAUGCAACACUGGAUUUAUACAGAAUGGUGAUCAAUGUGAAGAUUUUAACGAAUGCACUUCAGGAGAUCGAUGCGACGUAAAUGGUGUUUGUAUAAAUACUAUUGGAGGAUUUAAAUGUGAGUGUAAAACUGGUUACACCGGUGUCAAUGAAGAUGGUACCAUAUGCACAGAUAUCAAUGAAUGUGAUCAGAGUUCUGAAGAUUCCGAGUGUCACGCAAAUGCGACAUGUACAAACUCAGUGGGGUCAUUCAUGUGUUUUUGUAACACUGGUUUCUAUGGAAACGGUGUCACGUGCCAAAAUUACAACGAAUGUCUUAAUCCAACUGCAUGUGGCGUGAAUACAGUUUGCGAGGACACAAUUGGAUCAUACUUGUGCAUAUGUAGUGAUGGUUACUCUAAAGACCAAAAUGAUAAUUGCAUCGAUAUCAAUGAAUGCGUGUCCGGCCAAUCGGUUUGUGGUGUUAACGCAGACUGUUUUAACGAGAAUGGUAGUUACUAUUGUGUAUGUAAGGACGGAUAUGAUGGCUCUGAGUAUAGUGGUGACAACCAAGGCUCGUGUAUUAACAUAAACGAAUGUUUUCAUAAUCUCGAUGAUUGUGAUACGCGCGACAGAGCCAGUUGCAUUGACACAGACGGCUCGUACAACUGUGUUUGUAACAAAGGGUUUACUGGUAAUGGAACGCAUUGUGAAGAUAUUAAUGAGUGUUAUGAUUAUCCGUGCGACUCAAGCCUCUAUGAAAAGUGUGACAACAUAGUAGGUGGGUUUGAAUGUAUUUGCCAGACAGGAUACUACCGUGACGUCCCAAAUUUACCAUGUUCAGUUGCAACUACACAAGAAUUAAAAGUAGAGUUCACAGAUGUAAAAGGUGUUAAAAUAGGCUCAACUGAUCAAGACAUUGAGACCGAGCAGAUGCAAGUUAGCUUAGCUAAAGAUGUUUUCGAUCUAUUCAAUCGUAGUUCAGUACGGGAAGAGUUCUUAGAAGUCGGGGUGUCAUCAUUCAUCAUCAUGGAAUCCGUUGUUGACGUCAAUUUUCGAAUUGAUCUGAUCCCAAACACCAACCUUACGAUAGAUGACACAAAAACAGUGUUCUUAGAUGGACUAGAAGGGAACAACAGAAAUUUGCUAGUACCUGAUAGCUACGUAGAACUCAGUAGCUUAUAUGUUGAUGUGCCAGUUAUAAAUCCGUGUGAAGAAAACACUGAUGAUUGCAGAGAUAGAAACUUCGAUCGGUGUGUAUUUAACGGGGUAGAUAACAACUACACAUGCGCAGACUGUUCGCUUGGAUACUCUGAAUCUGAAGACAACUUUGUCUGUAUUGAUAUCGACGAGUGUAAAGAACAGUCUCCAUGUAAUGGCGAGCAUAUAGAGGGAUGUGUAAAUGAAGAUGGUAGCUAUUAUUGUACUUGUGAUAUUGGAUUUGUGAACACGAGUAGAGACGGCGACUGCUCAGAAUCAAAGACGUUUAGAGUUACAGGAACUAUCAGUAAAAUCAACAAUGGACAGCCAGAAUGGACAGACGACCUGAAUAAAAAGGAAUCUAUAAUAUACCAAAACUACUCAUCAACUUUGUCAAACUUUAUUGAUGAUACAUUUGUAAAUAUCACCGAUUAUCUCGGAAACUACAUAAUCGGUUUCCAAGAGGGUAGUGUCAUUUCAGUGUUCACAGUAUACUUUGUUCUUGGAUCAUCAAUAAAUCAAACGUUCGUUGAGGAACAACUAAUGGGUACUGGGUCAGUGCAGUUGAAUUUGGUAUCUGCUACACUGUUGGAUGUCUCUGAAAUUGGUAAUAUGUGUGAAGGGUAUUGUGAAAACGGAGCGACUUGUACUGAGGAAUACUUGCAACCAAUAUGCAGAUGCCCAGAUGACUACGAGGGAAUGUACUGCGAAGAAUCCAAGCCACCACUACCAGACGACGCGCCUGUACUCAUUAUCGUACUAAGCAUCACGUGUGCUCUUCUCGUCAUCAUUCUUAUCGGAAUGACAAUUUAUUACUUCAUGGUCCGUCGGGUUCGUACAAGUAGACGUAAGAAAUCACCGUUCAGACAAGCAGUGCAUAACUACCGUUACGGUGACGAUGCAUCGUCUGUCGCUAGUACAAGUGGAAGUGUACGGACUCAUGGAAGUGACAGGUCUAAUUGGUCCGAUAUCGCUAGCACUACAGACGAUGAGAGAAUGCGGCAUCUAGUCAACGUAAUACGAAAGUCUCCCUUCAUAAACGAGCGCAUGAGAGCUAGCAUGCUGCAGGAGUAUUCAGUGUCAUCGGAUAUCCAGGGAGAGUUUAUAACGCCUUACGUUGUUACUGGACAAGAGGCAGAAAUACUUGAUUCUGAGGACACAGAUUCUGUUGCUGCGCACGAGGCGUACAGUAGAGCUUUGCGGUCUGUGGCAGUGCCACGAGCGCAUUUCAGUUACGAGCAAGACGAUGAGACUGCCCAGUAUAGAUUAACUCACGAAUAUUUUUAACAAACGUAGCAAUUUGAACAAGUUUUGCCUGGAUUGAAAACGGAAUAAGCACGGAAAAGAAUUAAGAUACUGUACUUUCAAGCAGUAGCUUCCCCCUGAAUAUUAUGCAGACUUAUCGCAAAUUCAAAUAUGGCGGAAGAAAACACUGACAAAAAUCAGAAGAAAAAGACAAUAGGUCUAUGCCAUCAGAUCCUGAAUAUUUUGUGCUUUUGAUAUAGCCUACUGAAUAUGAAUUUUGUUUAUAUUGAUGUAAUGAUUUUAAGCUUUUUUGAAUAUAUUCUUCAUAUGUCAUUUGUAGAAUAAAACAUAGUUGGUUUCUUAUCGGCAGAAUACAUAAAAGUCCAUCCAUCCUACACAAAAUAACUUUAUAAAUUUAGGGGGAUUUUUUAAUAGAAUUAUAUAUCGAUCUAAGAACUAUCCAGAGACAUACAGUAUAGUGUCAACGAAAUCCAGUAAUCAUUUUAACACAUUGCGUCGUACGACCGUUGUACUGCCGCCGCCUUCCCACAAAUCAAUCUCCGCUUUUUGGAAGUGCUUGGCG